AACGCCGUCCCUCCAGCCUACUGCGACGGGAUACACAACAUCUCCAACGAAGCGAAGACCGCUGAGGACGAGAAGGGCAUCUGCAACUGUCUGAAGCAGCUCUCCGACAUGUUAAAGAAAGGACUGGUCGAUAGCUGGUUGCAACAAAUUCCUGGGAGGUGCGCAGUCAACGUUCUUUUCAAGCUCUCUAUUGAUGCUGACUGUGACAAGUUCGAAACAUCACUCGUUUGCUUAGCGUAUACGUAUACUUCUAUUCUUUAUGUGUAUGGAGUAAUGCAUGUUGAUUACAUAUUAACAUAUGGUUACCUUACCUGUUCCAAUAUAAAUGAUAUGAUCUGUGCUUGA